CAGACUCCAGAUUCCCAUAUACUCCACUCUCUCUCUCUCUCUCUCUCUCAGAGCUCUCGCUUUCUCUCUCUCCACUCCCAACAAUGGCGAUGAAGAAGGUGGAGAAGAUCAGGCAGAUAGUGCGGCUGAAGCAAAUCAUGAUGCGGUGGAAGCUGGCCAGCCUCCGCCUCCGUCUCCGCCCCGCUCUCUCUUACGACGACGAUUCCGACUCCUCCUCCUCCGGCUCUUCCACCCGCCGCACUCCCUCGGGGUUCUUAGCGGUCUACGUCGGACCGGAGCGCAGGCGGUUUGUGAUUCCGGCCAGGUUCGUCAACCUUCCGGUUUUCGUCGGCUUGCUGGAGAAGGCCGCCGAGGAGUUCGGCUUCGAAACCACCGGCGGCCUCGUCCUGCCUUGCGAGGUUGCAUUUUUCAAGGAUAUCCUGAAGUUUCUGGAGAAAGACGAGAGGAAGUUCGGGAAAUUGGCACUGGAUGAGUUCUUGAAGAUGGUGACUGACGCGGUGGGAUUCGAUUCUUGCAAGGCGGCGGCUUCUGGCCCUGGCUCUUCGUUCACUCCUCUAUUGCAGGAUGCUAGGGUUUGACUUCUCUCAGCUUUUUAGGGUUCUGAUUGAAUUGAAUCUCGAUCCAAUGCCUUUGUUUGAUUUUUUUGUGGGGGAAGGUGUUCUAGUGAUGUUAGGGAAUCAAUUGUAUAUGGGUGGCAGCCAACUUGAUCUGCUUUUUUGAUUUUUUUUUUUUUUCUAGAGAUUGAUUGUUGGUUCGUAUCAUCCUUGAAGCACCCAUGCUUUUUAAUUGUCUCUGAUCAUGGGCUUCAAUGAGAUGUUGAACAAGUUUUUUCUAGCUAGGCAUCAGUUUGUUUCAGUGAUGCAGUAGUUGAUGAUGAUGAAAUCUUAUAGAGCAGCGAGAACAAUUUCUUAUCAUGUAAUGCAAUUUUUAUCAUGAUUAAUGGUGAUUCAAAUUUGUUCUCAAUGAUGGGCUUUUCUUUGGAGUACUAUA